CCCCCGCCCGGCCGCCCUUCGGGCCGUAGGUGCGCGCCGCGAGCGCGGGAGGGCGGCCAUGGCGGGGCCCGGGACCCCCGCCGCCCGCUGGAAACGCCACAUCGUGCGGCAGUUGCGGCAGCGGGACCGCACGCAGAAGGCACUCUUCCUGGAGCUGGUGCCGGCCUAUAACUGCCUCCUAGAGAAGGCUGAGCUGCUGGACAAGUUCUCAGAGAGGCUGCAGCCAGAGCCAAAUGAUGUCACUCCUGCCACCCACCAGGGCCCCUGGGACAAGGACUCGGGGCCUGGCUCAGACCAAGCCCCAUCACUGGCCACUCUGAGGGUGAAGUGGCAGGAGAAGGAGGAGGGGCUCCGGCUGGAGUGUGGUGAGAUGGCCUACCAGGUGGUGGAGAAGAGCGCAGCCCUGGGCGCCCUAGAGUUGAAGCUGCAGGAGCGGCAAAGCAGGCUGGCGGAGCUGGAGGCCCGCGUGGCGCAGCUGCGAGAGGCGCGGGCGCAGCAGGCAGGGCAGGUAGCGGAGCUGCAGGCGCGGAAUGCGGAGCGGCGGGCGGCCUACGAGGCGCUGCGCGCAAACACCGGGCUCCAGGAGGAGACCCUGCGAGGGCUCCAGGAGCAGGCGCGCGACCUGCUGGAGCGGCUGGUGCAGCGCAAGGCGCGCGCGGCCGCCGAGCGCAACCUGCGCAACGAGCGCCGGGAGCGGGCCAAGCAGGCGCAGGUGUCCCAGGAGCUGAAGAAGGCUGCCAGGCGGACUGUGAGCAUCAGCGAGAGCCAGAACACCUUAGGCAGUGGGAUCAAAGAGGGGGCUGAGGCCUCAGCCCUGGCCCCGGCCCCGGAGCCGGAGUCCCUGGAGAGAGAGGCUUGUGAGAAGUGGAAGAGGCCCUUCAGGUCUGCCUCAGCCACCUCCCUGACGCUGUCCCGCUGUGUGGAUGUGGUAAAGGGGCUUCUGGAUUUCAAGAAGAGGAGAGGUCACUCAAUUGGAGGAGCCUCUGAGCAGCGAUACCAGAGCAUCCCUGUGUGCAUGGUCGCCCGACUUCCUACCCGGGCUCAGGACGUGCUGGAUGCCCACCUCUCUGAGGUCAGUGCUGUUUGUUUUGGCCCCAGCAGCAGCCUCCUGGCCACUGGAGGGGCUGACCACCUUAUCCACCUCUGGAACGUUGUGGGAGGUCGCCUGGAAGCCAACCAGACCCUCGAGGGAGCUGGUGGCAGCAUCACCAGUGUGGAGUUCGACCCCUCGGGCUCCCAGGUUUUAGCAGCUACUUACAACCGGGCUGCCCAGCUCUGGAAGGUGGGGGAGGCACAGUCCAAGGAGACAUUAUCUGGACACAAGGACAAGGUGACAGCUGCCAAAUUCAAGCUAACGAAGCACCAGGCCGUGACUGGGAGCCGAGACCGGACAGUGAAGGAGUGGGACCUCGGCCGCGCCUACUGCUCCAGGACCAUCAAUGUCCUUUCCUACUGCAACGAUGUGGUGUGUGGGGACCAUAUCAUCAUUAGUGGCCACAAUGACCAGAAGAUCCGGUUCUGGGACAGCAGGGGGCCCCACUGCACCCAGGUCAUUCCUGUGCAGGGCCGUGUCACCUCCCUGAGCCUCAGCCAUGACCAGCUACAUCUGCUCAGCUGUUCCCGAGAUGACACACUCAAGGUCAUCGACCUGCGUGUCAGCAACAUCCGCCAGGUAUUCAGGGCUGAUGGCUUCAAGUGCGGUUCUGACUGGACCAAAGCUGUGUUCAGGUUCCUGGGAUGGAGCCCUUUACAUCUGGAACGUGGACACUGGGAAACUGGAGAGCAGCCUGCGGGGACCCCACUGUGCCGCCAUCAACGCCGUGGCCUGGUGCUACUCCGGGAGCCACGUGGUGAGCGUGGACCAGGCGAGGAAGGUUGUGCUUUGGCACUAGGGCCACGACUCCCCUGACUGGCUGGAGCUCUGGUCUGAAGCCUGAAGAACAGCGUCCCUCGGCUCCACAGGGCUCCAGAGCAGCGGGUGGGGUGGGAGUCAGGGUGGCCUCAGGAUUUACUGGGGAAGAAGGCCUGGCAGGACCUGGCCUGUUGGUUUAAAAACAAAGUAUAGGUUGGGUAGAAUAUAGUAGUUUUUGUUUUUUUUGUUUUUAUCUCUGUCUCUUCACUUUCUCUUCCCAAAGUAGAAAAAAUUAUAUCUAAACUAUGAAAGCUCGCUCUCUGCAGCACUUGGGGUACAGGGAGCCCUUUGGGCUGGUGGGCUCGGGCAGAUCCAGGCUUGGCCCCUUCCUCCUCCCGCACAGAGCUGGCAGCACCGGCCGCCUCUGCUGGGGAGACGGGUGCUGCUCAAGGCUCACCGUGGAAACAGCAGGAAGAUGGGCUCAGAGGCAGCAAGGAGCGUAGGGUGUGAUGCUGGGUCCAACCUGGUCCUGAGGCCAAACCAACACCUUGGGCCGUCCUACUUCGGGCACCCAGGGUAGACUGAGGCUGAGGAGGGGCGGUGGGAGCUCUGAGGAGGGAGCAGGCGAGGCAGCCCAGAGGGGUCCUGGUGGAAAGGGUCCUAGAGAAUGCUGUCCUAGUCCUGGGUACACCAGGCCUGCCUUUGAGUGUGGCCGAGUCUCUCCUCUGGAGCCAGAGCCUGGGACGAGGCAGAGCAGGGCCUGGGUGUCUGUGCCUGGGGGAGGGCGGUGUGGGCCGGGCCGGCCGGAGGCUUCAUUUACACGGGCACCCGAUUUAGUCUGCACGCAAGCCUCUCAGUGCAGGGCAGAGCCAACAAGGCAGGGCCGGGACACCCCACUUCCUUCACUGGCCUAGGGCUGGGCACAGGCUGUGGAGGCGGACAGCGCUGGUUAAAUGUCAAAUCUUCACUCUGCUGACUCCCAGAUCACUGUGCCUUGGGCUCCAGAUGACAUAUCCAAGCUGCCUCCUGCAUGUGACCUUUUCCCCUCAUACCUCCAUCCGUGGGUGCCAGAGCAGCCACCUUCUAGACUUGCUGCCCCCACCCAGGCCCCUCCUUGCACUGCCACAGUAACUUUCCCAGGUGUCCAACCCUUAGAAGGUCCCUUGCUGCCUUCAGAGAACCCCCCAGCGUGAAAUGUGACCCUGCUGGCUUCUCAGCUGCAUCUUCAUUUCCUCUAUAUUCUGAACGUCUUACCCAUGCUUUUCUGCCCAGAAUGUUCUCCUUUCCUCCCAGCACCAAACUUUUCUUUCAGGCUCCCCCCACCCACACACACUGCGAGCCUUUCCCUUGCCUGCUGGGCUGGGUGGAGGCCCCCUCGGUCCCUGCACACCCCUGCUGUACCUGCCUCCCUCCAUUUUAAUCAGGGGCUCUUGAAGAGGCCACAUGGGAAGAGAGUGUUCCCUGGGAUGGGCCUUGCACAGAGAAAGCCUCAGGAAAUAUUUGUUAAGUGGUUAAAUUCUCCUAUUCAAGGUCUCUGCAAGUCUCACCAUCUAAGAUUCUAGGGUUCAACCAUUCUUCAAAUCCAAGACUUCUCACCCGCCCCCAGCCCUCAUGCACUGGUUCCCAGUGGCCACCAGGGGUCACCCGCUGCCCGGUCUCGGCCGAGCCACUGUUACCGAGCCCUUAGGUGUGUCAGCCCCGCCCUGUGCCCUUUAGGCAGCAUCUUGUUUGUCCUCCCAGCCACUCUGCAGUGCACAGGGUCUGUUUUCCACAUGAGAAAAUGAAGCCUCAGAGAGGCACAGAGAUUUAAAAUCACACAGCUAGUGACACAGCUGGAUUGUGACUGCAUCACACACGCUCUUUUUUUUAAAACAAAAAUGCCAGAGAAUUCAGGCCCCCAGUUGGGCAGGGCUCUCCUAGGCGGAUGCCGCCUGGUUGGUGUGACCCUGGCUUUGUGUCUAACCUCACUCCUUGCCCGCACCUUCUCUCUCUGUCCUGGGGCUGAGCCUGGAGGGUUAGUCCCCUCGAAGUGAGAGAAACUCAAAUCCUGGAGCUGCCAGCUACACCGCUGGGGGCAAGUACCUCAUAGGACUGCAGUCAGGACUGCUCAGAUAACCCAGAUGGUGCUCAGGAAGUGAUCUGACUCCAUCCCGGGGACAGUGACACCUGCAUUCCCCUGAAGCCUUCCCUUCUGCUUCAAGGGGGCAAAUCUUCCCACAAAUGCUUGUCACUGCGGGUGGAGCUGGCACACCUCAGGGAGCACGUUCACCUUAACUUGCUCAGAGGAGCAAAUCUGAAAGGCCGGAGACAGGCCGAGGGGUUCCAGGGACCGAGGCUGGCAGGAGGAAGGGGCCUACACAGGCCGAGCAGAGGCCUGGGGGAGGCCAGCUGGGAAGGCCGGACCUCUCUUCCAGCAGAGGGGCGGGAAGAGACCCCCAGUGCUUGCAGCCCCUCCAGGCUUUCAGUCUUCAGUGCUCAGGUGUUCAGUACUCAGGCGCUCAGGGGCUGCCUCCCUGAAUUUGAGUCCCCAGGGUCAAAACCAGAAGUGGCUGCAUUUCUGCUAUGCACUGCAACUAAGGCCAGAGAGGGGACAGAAGCUGGCCCAAGGUCACACAGCAGAGCUGGAAUCAGAACACUGAUUCUCUCUUUUCUAAAAACUGGAUUCAAGUUCUGCAGAGGGGCUGGCCUGGUUUUUUAGAGGCCCUGGUCUAGAGUUGCUCCAGUUCUGUCUUCCUGAGAGAUCCUGGGCAACUCACAGUGACUCUUAGGCUCUCAUGUCCCCAUCUGUGAGACUGUUCAUGUCCCAAUGCCCUGGGCCUCCCCAAAGGUAACACAGCUUUCCUGGAGCUGUUCUGCAGGCAUGAGUACUGCUGCCUCUGUGUGUCCUGCACAGUCUCAGGCCUCAGUGAGCCUGAAUGCCUAGGUAAGGAGAAGUGACAGAAGCCCCUGUUCUGGGCCCCUACUGCCCCUUGGUCAUCUCCUGCUGUUCUCGAGUCUCCCUGGCCAGAUGUGAGCCCCUGGGUGACAGAGCAGGGCCCCAGUGACCAGCUGAAGGGACAAAGAGCAAAUGAACAGAGGUGGUCUCUGGAGAAAUUCUAACACCACCAGAUCCCAUCGGUGAGACAUACCUUGUGUGGGCACAGGCUGUUUUCAUGCUCUGGACAUACAUCCACUUGUCAAAAAUAUUUUCAGGUUACCUUAUUUGAUCUCCCUGAAUCUUAGGAAGUUUGUAUUAUCUUCUCCUUCCCACUUUAUGGAUGAGAAAGCAAGGCCCAUAGAGGUGAAGGGAUGAGCCUAAAGUCACAGCUAAUCUGAGGUGGCGCAGGGACCUGAAUAAAAGUUUUGACCCUGCUCCCUCCCUGUCUCUGGCCAGAGCAAGUGGAAGAGAGGGCAUAGAGUGUGUUCAGUACACAGCGUGGAAGGGGUGUGAACCCUGUUCAUGGAUUAGUUUCUGUCUUGUCUCAGGAUAAAACAUUCUAGGAAAACAUUCCCAGACCAGAGCUCUCAGAAGCAGACAUGGCAGAAGUGUAUUUUUUUGGCCACUGGGACUGAGAGAAAAACAGUCUGGGAACAAGAUGCUCUUUCGCAUUCCUUUGGGUCUUGGCAGAUCAAGCAGUAACAAAGCAAACACAGGAAGAGUCAAGGAGGAAAUUUAACUGAUUGUGUCAGGUGGUAAGAUUUCAGGACAGAUUACAAUUCUCCCCAUUCCAACCUAAAAUUUCUGUCAUUUGGUUGUACUUCUGUCAUGAAAAACAACUUCAUAAUGAAAAGAAUAAAUGCAAAGAUUCGAGCGGCCAGAUUUUGUCUGAAGGCCACUAGGAGAGGGCUGGGCAGUAAUUGGCCCCAAAACCGGAAGCUGCGGUUGGGCUCCUCGGGCAGUCAGUGAAUAGCGCGCCUGCGAUGUAAUUGCAACUGAGAAGAUGAGGGUUUGUUUUGUCCCAGAGUCCCAAGGGAAGAGUCCAGUGGCUUGAGUUUUCACUUUCUUGCCAUCUCAAGAAGUGUAUGUAUUAGUAAGUUUGUUCUCAAAUAUUGUAACCUCUCACUGGGCAACUAGAAUCAGAACUGAUCCAGAACAUAAGAGUGGGGUAAGCCCUUGGAAAUCACCUCAUUCCGGCCUUUUAAAGUUGGGGAUGUGGCAGCGCAGAGGCAAAGCUCAUCCCUCAAGCAGUGGCAGGGCUAAGGCCAGAUGAAGUGCUCCCACCUGCUUGUGGGCAGGGGUGCUAGGGUCAGAGGAAGGGAUGUAGGCGGUGAAUCUAUGGCCUGACUGCAUCGAGCCAGUUCCUGUGAUGAAGGAGGCCAUAAUUUAGCUGUGACACUGGGGUGAGGCAUUUGGUCCCAGAUGGCCUCCAGCGCUAAGAGCAGACUCAAAUGUGAGCAGCUUUCCCUGGUAGGGAAGGCAGAAGUUGGAAAUGGUAUCUUUGCAUUUAUUCUUUUCAUUAUGAAGUUGUUUUUCAUGACAGAAAUACAACCCAAAUACAACCAAAUUGGAAUGAUAUUUCAUGUCCUACAUGCAUGGUGAAGCACUUCACACUCACUCCUUCCCGUGGGCCCCAUGAUAACCCUGUGUUACUGUGUGCCUGGGAGAUUGUCGGGGACCCGGCUGGGAAUGUGAGCACACCAGGAAGAGGUGCGAGAGAGCACGUGAGGAGUGUCUGUGGUGACCGUCCUGUGCCACACACCGUAUGUGUGGAUACACAGCAUUAUUCUCAGCUUCCCGACGAGGACACUGAGGCCCAGUCCCCAGGGCUAUCAAGUGGCGGAGCCAGAUUUUAACUCAGACCUUCUGACUCCCAAGUCCAUGAUGUUUCAUAUGCUGUUGGUGGGAGUGGAAAUGGACAUAAUCCUUUUGAACAUCAAUUUGACAAAAUCUAAUAAAAUUAAAUAUACGUA